UACAUGAUUGUACGUAUGUACAUUUCAAUUUAAUAAUAUAACCAUUACUUUUACUGUUUAGUAGGAUCUUACGAUCCUACGAUCCGAUUCUACCGAUCCGAUCCUACCCCCCUUCAUCGAUCCAAGGUAGGAUCCCGAUUCUGACAACCUUGUAUGAAACUAUAACAUAAUUCUAUUAAAUUUAGGACUCUAUUAGAUUUCUAAACUAACACAACUCUAGUUUCCUAAAUAUUUCGUAUAUAUUAAAACCCUAGAUAUACCAUAACUCUAACAUUGUUUGUAUCUUUUACCCCUUUCAUAUUCUUAAAAUUAAAACUUUUCUUAUUUAAAGUUAAAACCACUCCAACUUCUUCUCGACUGCUUUUUCUUUUUUUCUUGGGUAAGAUUGAUUUUAUUUGAACUGCGUUCCAUCUUUUCCUUUUGAAUUUUCCUUUAUUUCUUACAGUUCUUAGUUCUUACCUCGCACUUUUUUCUCUUGAUUUUAUAGUCUAUUUUGUAGGUAGUUCAAGUCUAUCAAGAUAUCGCAUUUAAUUAGUCGCCGAUUUCCGGUAAAUUGAGGUUAUUUUCGCACGAUGAUGGAUAGAAGAAAUAAUACUGGUAAUAUAGAUAUGUUGAGCAGUUUACCAGAUGAAUUGUUGAUUCGAAUACUUUCUUUGCUUCCUACUACAAAGGAUGCUGCUAUUAUGUGUCUUGUUUCGAAGAAGAUGAAGUGUCUAUUCUCAUGGAUUACGACCCUCGACUUGGAUGAUUCACCUAUUUCUCAUUGUUCGCAACAUCCCUACGCAAUUGAACGAUUCUCCGAUUAUAAGAUGUUUGUGGAUAGUCUCCUAAAUUCCUACCAAUCUCCGUAUCUAAGCAGGUUUAGACUUCGUGUGGGUGCGAACUUUGCUGCUAGGUACUUUCACGGUGACAAGACUCAUUUUUGGAAGAGAGACGAUUGUUUCCCGGAAAUAAAAUCCACGCAAAUUAAUGCGUGGAUCUCUUUUCCGUUAACCCGUUGUGGUCUAAGGGAGCUUGACCUUCGCAUUCAGGAUCUGGAUUUUGUUGAAGAAGAAGAUAUGCUUUCACUGUUUCCGAAUUUGACUAGCUUGGAGCUUGGUUGUGAUGUUUAUACUACUUGGGAUAAAUUGUUGUUGUCAUUUCUGAAUGGCUCCCCUGUCUUAGAAACACUUAUUUUCCCAGAGGGUGUGAUCGUAUGUCAUGAUACUAAUCAUUUCGCGUAUGGUAAGGAGGUAGUAGAGUUGCAACAAGAAUUUUUCAGAACAACACAAGAAGUUAUUCCUAUGUGUUGCAGAUUCCAUCUCAAAAGAAUUGUGAUUAAAAAUUACUUUGGGAAUGAAUUUGAAAUAGAUAUGAUUCAAUUUCUGCUAACACAUGCAUUAGUGUUGAAGGAAUUAGUCGUACACCGAAGCGUGAAAACUUGGCAUCCAAUUGUAGAUCAGAAGUUGCUCAAGACCACAUUGAAGAAGCUACCAAGAGCCUCUGUCUCUUGUUCAAUUCAAGUGCAUUGAUCAGUUGAGCUGAUUGAUCACAGCUUUCAAGUAGUGAAUGAAUUUUGUACUAUUUAUUUUACUUUCUUAGAAACGUUAGUCUUUUGUCUAGAGUUUUUAAAACGGAACACCCGGUCACGGUUCGAGUCUAAUUAAUUUGGGUCAUACCUCCUACCCUAUUUUGUUUCAAGUAUAUGAAAACAAAUGUUAGUAUAUAAUAUAUUG